AUGAUAAGAGGUUUAUUACUUAAUUGCCUGUUUAGGCCUUAGCCAGUAGUCAAAUAGACAUUAUUUAAUUAAGUUUAGUACUUUGCAAGGAGGACAGCAAAAAAUAAAUAGAUUUUAGAGGCAAAUUAAGAAGUAUUUAAUAGAGCUAAAUAGAUUGAAGAAGAGAAUGAAUAUAAAUUAAAAUAAGCUGAAUUAAUUAAAGAAGCUAUGGAAGCAUCACAACAGAAAGAAGAAUAAGUCAAAAAAGUAGAAAAGCCUUAAAAAUCAAGUCGUAGCAAAUUAAAUGAAAAUAUUGAAUAAAAUGAGGAAGACAUUCAAAUUGUUUAAAAGAAGUAGAAGAUUAAAUCUCCUGAGUUAGAUAAAAAAACAACUUAAAAAAGCGAAUUAGCAAGAAAUGACGAUGAUAUAGAUGAUAGCGAAGUUAGAAGAAUUUAACUCUUGAAAGACCAAAAAGUAUAAUAGUAAAUCCAAUAUGAGAGAUUGAGAAAAUAAGUGAUGAAUGAAGAAAGGUUGUCAAAAUAUUUAAGCAGAUCAGGAGUCUGCUCUAGAAGAUAAGCAGAGAAAAUGAUAAAAGAUGGACUCAUUAAAGUAGAUGGUAAGGUAGCAACAAGCAAUUUACCUGUCACUCCUAAAAACAAUAUAGAGAUAUUUACUUAAAGGGGAGAAAAAUUCGCACCAGUUAAGCAAAAUGCUAAAAUUUGGAUCUUUUAUAAGCCAAGAGGAAUGAUUUGCUCACAUGAUGAUCCUCUGAAAAGACCUUCCGUUUUUAAUUAUAUUUACAAUAACACUAAGAUUAAAGAACCUCAUAUUAUAGCAGUCGGUCGUUUAGAUUAUAACUCAGAGGGGCUGAUAUUAUUAACAAAUGAUGGUGAUAUCGCACAGUGCUUAGAAUAGCCAGAAUCAAAUAUUUACAGAUAGUACAGAGUUAGAGUUUAAGGAGAGCUUGAUGAAAGAAAAUUACUUAAAUUAAGAUAAGGAACAGUGAUUAAUGGAGUACAAUAUGGACCUUUUAAUGUAGAAAUAGAUAAAAGGUAGUCUUCUAACACUUGGUUAACAGUAGGUUUAUAUACAGGAAAAAAUAGAGAAAUUAGAAAAGUUAUGCAGAAGUUUGAUUUGAGAGUAAGCAGACUAAAAAGAUUAAGCUAUGGCCCAUACAAAAUAGGAUCUAUGCUUCCAGGAUAGAUAUUUGAAACAUAUGUAAAUGACGAAUUAAAGAGAAAGAUAUAUUUGUAUAUGAGAAAGAGACUUUAACUUAGUUAGGCAGAUAUGAAGGCCUACUUAGUUGAUAAAUUUGGUGAAGAUUUAUUCUUAAACAAUAAGCCAGAUGAAGAUCUCACUUUAGAUAAAAUAGCAAAAAAGGCUUAUAAAGAAUUAGAUUAAAAUAGUUUGAGAACUCAGCUUUUAGAGUAAAAAAACGAAAAACAUGAAAUUUGA